UAGAGGCCUCAUGCUAAAACUGUUCAAUAUUUUUAAAAAUGACAACUUAAAAAUUCUGAAAAUAAUGUAAAUAUUCAAAUUGUCCUUCUAGGUUACAAAUUACAAAGCACCAACCAUGUUUUUAUUAUUAGUAUGCCCAGCAGGCAGCUUCGUUCGCUCAUUGAUUGGCGGUCAGUCGUCGCGGUUACUCCAGCUCCAGCUCCUCCUCCCACGUGAAACCACAGAAAAGAUGUCCACUUCAGGUUCCAAUGCCAAGCGGGUUCUGUCCAUCCAGAGUCAUGUGGUCCAUGGCUAUGUGGGCAACAAGGUGGCCACCUAUCCCCUGCAGCUACUGGGCUUCGAUGUGGACCCACUCAACUCGGUGCAGUUUUCCAAUCACACGGGCUACAAGAGCUUCAAGGGACCCGUUUCCAACGAGAAGGAAUUGGCCACAAUUUUCGAGGGUCUGGAGGAGAACGAACUGCUGCCACAGUACUCUCACCUGCUGACAGGUUAUAUCGGAAAUCCCCUGUUCCUGCGCCAGGUGGGCAUCAUUGUGCAGAAACUGCGCCAGGCUAAUCCCAAACUGGUCUACGUCUGCGAUCCCGUGAUGGGCGACAACGGGCAGCUGUAUGUACCCAAGGAGCUGCUGCCCGUGUAUCGUGAUGAAAUUAUUCCCCUGGCGGACAUCAUCACGCCCAACCAGUACGAGGUGGAACUCCUCACAGAGAAGGAGGUGCGCAGCGAGGCUGCCGUUUGGGAGGCAAUGGAUUGGUUCCACAAGCGCGGCAUCAAGACGGUGGUCAUUUCCAGCAGCGAUCUUGGCCAACCGGGCGUACUGCGCGCCUUCCUCAGCCAGCUGGAUGGUCCCCGUCUGGCCAUCGAUAUACCCAAGCAGGGUGGCAAGGAUCUGGUCUUUACCGGCACCGGUGAUCUCUUCGCCUCGCUCUUCCUGGCCCACAGCCAUGAAAGCAGCGAUGUCGCCGCCGUCUUUGAAAAGACCAUUGCCAGUCUCCAAGCGGUGAUCAAGCGCACGGUGGCGGCAUUGCCCAAUGGAGGAAACGGUCCAGUGAAGGCCACUGAAAGGGAGCUGAGGCUAGUGCAGUCCAAGGCGGAGAUUGAACAGCCCCAGGUAGUGCUCAGGGCGCAGCGACUUAACUAGAAAGGAAGAGCACGAGCACAGGCCCGGGUCAACGAUUACCUUAAUUAUAGUACAUAUUAUACUUGUUCACGGACAAUAAUCUUUUGAUACCUUGAGAUCAGCAUUGUUAUAGGAAAAUAUACAUAUUAACAUUAUAAAUCAAAAAAUGAAAAGUAAACUCACCAUAAACAUGCUCUUUGAUACCUUAAGUUCAACAUUUUAUACGCAUGAUUAUAGCAAUUACUUAUACAAAUAUACAAAUCAAAGUGUCAGCUAUUAA